GAUUUUUGUUUCUCGUCUUUCCCCUUUUAUCUCUCCGACAAAGAUACGCAGAGCAACCUUUAACUGAUGGCGAGCAAAACGGAAGACCCGACCAGUCUGACGGUGGCAGCCCAGAAGAAGGAAGUAGAAGGGGAGGAAUCUGCGACAGCCGGUGCACCCGGAACAGAAGAUGAGGACACCGGAGCCCAGGUGGCCCCCAUUAUCAAACUCCAAGAAGUCGCCGUUACUACCGGCGAGGAAAAUGAGGACGUCCUCCUUGAUCUGAAGGCGAAGUUGUAUAGAUUUGAUAGGGAAGGGAACCAGUGGAAAGAGAGAGGUGUGGGAACUGUGAAGCUUCUCAAGCACAAGGAGACUGGAAAAGUUAGGCUUGUCAUGAGGCAGUCCAAGACUCUCAAGAUAUGCGCAAAUCAUCUUGUGCUCCCUUCAAUCUCUCUUCAAGAGCAUCAUGGAAAUGACAAGUCAUGUGUGUGGCAUGCGGCUGAUUUUGCUGAUGGGGAGUUAAAAGAGGAGACUUUUGCUAUUCGGUUUGCAUCUGUCGGUGAUUGCAAAGCUUUCAAAGAGAAGAUCACCGAGGUUGCUGAGUCUGUAGAUAAUAAAGCUGGAGAAAGUGAAGAAGCCACGACAACUGCUGACCUUCUUGAAAAGUUGAGUGUUUCAAGCAAAGAUCAAGGGGAGAAACAUGAGGGAAAAGUGGCAUCUGCUGCUUUGGAAAAGAAAGAUGCAGAUGAAAAGCUAGAAAAUCCAGCAGAUGAUUAUGUUCUGGUCUGAGCUUCUUUGGUCAAGGCUUGACGGCUUCAGGGAAUUCGGACCUGACACCAUAUAUGUAACAAUGUGUUUUGUUCGUUUGGUAGAUAUGUUUUGGGUUGGCUUGGAGUUUAUAUGGAGUUCAGAGUACAGAAUAUGUUGAUAAUGUAUUAAGUGCGCUUAGCAGAUAUUUUUUCUCUUGUUUGGGAUUGGUUUGAGUAUUGGUAUAUUAUCAUAUGACGUUGGGAAUCCAAAAUACCUCCCUACAUGA